UUCUCUCCUAGCUUGAUUGCCACACAAUAUGUCACUCAGUGAUCUGUUUCGUCUGACAUUUACUCUCUACGCAGAGUCGACGCCGCGCCGAUACUCCCGAUUAUCUGUCAACCAGAGGCUCAAAGUAGCCAUCGAUAUCGCCGGAUGCUUGUGCCAUCUUCAUCACGACCGAGGAUUGCCGCAUGGUAACCUAAAACCGACCAACAUAUUUCUCACCGGUCCGGAUCUCACACCAAAGCUCACCGAUUACGGCCUCCACCGCCUCCUAACCCCCGGCGGCCUCGCCGAACAAAUCUUGAAUCUCGGAGCCCUCGGUUAUCGGGCUCCGGAAUUGUCCGCCGACAGGCCGUCGCCGUCUUUUAAGGCCGACGUGUACUCCUUCGGGGUGGUGUUGAUGGAGUUGCUCACUCGGAAGAGUGCGGGCGAUAUAAUUUCCGGCCAUUCCGGCGCCGUCGACCUCACCGAUUGGGUACAAAUGUGUACGAGAGAAGGGCGGGGAACGGAUUGUUUCGAUCGAGACAUCGCCGGCUUGGAGGAAGCUCCGAGGGUGAUGGAUGAGCUCCUUGCGGUGUCACUAAAAUGUAUUCUUCCUGUAAAUGAGAGGCCUAACAUCCAGACUAUAUAUCAUGACCUUUGUUCCAUAACAAUGUGAGGUUUUUGUUCAUGUUAUGGAAUUUAAUUCGACAUUUUUUUCCUUCUUCUUUCAUUUAAUGGCUUUCAAUUGAUUGUGUAAAAAAGAUUGACCCAUUGAUUGAUUUAUUUUGAUUUGUGCCUUGUUUUGCAUU